GAAAUUAGGGCGGUUUUUUUUUGGGGCGAACGAACAAGUAUAUUCUGUUUUGAAACUAAACAUGUCUUUCGGGUGUUUCCUACGUGGCUUGUACUUACGGAAAAUCAAAAUAGUUACAGUAUUGUUGUCCCUGCAAAGCUCUACUGGGAGGUCGAAUUUCUCUCCGGUGAAUACAUGCACUGACAUAAAAUUAAAAGACAUACCAUUAGAUGUGUUCCAGAAUUGUUCAACAACUAAUUCCGCCAUUCACUGUUUACCCGACGAAAACAAUAACCUGGGUCUAAGCUGUUUUCCAGUGACUUGGAUAAGUAAAGAUAAAUGUCCGUCGUACAACUCUUAUCAAGGAAAUAUGGAUGAAAAAGACUGUUCAACUGAACAUAAUGGCAGAUGCCCCAGUGCAUUGUAUAAAUCGCCGUUAUCGAUUAUUUACACAGGAUGUUACAUCAAAGAACUGAUACCGCCACCAACAACAACAUCAAUGACAACAGAGACAAUGACAACAAUGACAACAACCACAAGCAAGAAAUCCUCGUCGGACCCAAUUACAAAUGAUUCUGGAGUCGCUGAAAAAAGGAAUGAAACAUGCCAAAAGUGUGUGGAAUGUGGAGAUGGUUGGAUGAUCGCAUAUGUCGUUACCUUUCUACUUGAAGUUCUUGCUGUGAUUGUUGUCGCUAUUAUUUUAAAAAGUUCAUUUUGUCCUGAACUUAAAGAAAAAAUCAGACAAGGGUUUUUUCAAGAUCAACAAAAUCAAAAUGGUUCUCCGCCAGCGGAAGGAGACGUCAUGCUUGAAAAAUGUAAUGGAGGAAACCAUUAAAUCUCCCGUUUAAGCUUUGAAUCUCAAUCUGCAUGGAGGAAAAACUGACUUUUACCCUGAAAUGAAUUUGCGAAGAUGUUUUAAGGCAGUAUUUUUACUCAAAUGUGUGCAAUAAGUAUUAUGUUGAUUAGUAUAAACAGAAGAGGUUAAGAAUUAAUGUUCUAUAAUUCAUCAUUACCAUCAAAAUCAUCUAAAAAAUUAUUUUAAAAAUAUAUAUUUACAUCUACCGAGCAUGAUUUCCUCUAUCUAAUUCAUAAUAAAUUUAAACAAUAUUUCAUUAUGUAUCACAUGAACGGAUGGGAUAGCAGGCAUUGCCUAUAUAAAUCCUUUCCGACACACAAGGUCAAAGUUAAUUCAUAGCUCUUUAGAAACAGCCAGAUUAAAUCCUACACGCCCCGUUUAUCGAUCUGUUGAAACCUACAGCGACCAAAGAAAAUCACGGACCGCACGAAAUAAUCAUGAUGAUGUCAGACUUAAACUCCCAAUAGGGGACGAUUUAGUUGUUUCGUUUAGCUAAUGUACUGAUGUACAUUAACAGUAAAUUUAGUGAAGUUUACUUACUUUUUUACAAUCAGUUCAUUAAUUUGUAAAAAGAAAGAUGUAAAUUGUUUUUUUAGAAUGACACCUUCAUGUACCCACAUGAAUCACCAAAUAAAGCAUUUUAUUGUUUAAAUAAAAGAUGUGUUGAAUGUAUUGUAUGUGUGCAAAUUUCGAAAGGGUUUAUGAUUUUUAAUAGGCUUGUAGGGGUUGGGUUUUAUUAUCAUUAAUAUUAUUAUUUUACAUUUAUUUUCGAAAAUUAUUUAAUCAAAUUUGGAGGUUGCUACACAAUGUUUGUAAUGUAUGGUUUAAAACAAUGAUAAAUAGUUGGUGUUUUCGACCAAUAUUAAGAAUCCAAAGUAACAUGUGUUUAAUAAGACGCAUUUAUCUGUGUUCAUUUAUGUUAUAUGUAAUGUGUUCAAAAAAGCCAAAAUGACAAUCCUUAAAUUAUUUAUGCAAUUCCCCUUUAAGUGUUCAUGAUUUUGAAUAUAGUGCUUUAUAUAUAGGGGGCCUAGUGUAUAAUAUAGUGUCAUUUACAAGUAUGUUCUGAAACCCUGAAUUGGUUGAGAGGAUGAAAUCGUUUGUUUACACUGUACUUACAUGUAUCAGUUACCUUUAGAUAUUUCAUAAGUUUGAAACUUGAUGAUUUGUUUGAUGUUGUUGCUUGUUUAAAAAAUAAAUUAUUGCAGUUAAACUGCCACAAUAUA